AUGAUCAACGUAUUCUCUGCUGGUUUCCAAAUUAGCAUAACUANUUUACUUUUCGGAGAAAGUCUUGGUGCGAAUGCUGUGAUUGACAUAGGUGCAUUGAGAGGAUCCUCUGAUCUGUAUCAACAUAUUAUCUCACAAUCAAGUGCAGCUGGAUUUCAUCAAUAUUAUUCAAAUAUUAGCGAUGCUCUAAAAGAAUCAAGUAAAAUUGUUCAGCAGAUGAAUUGUACCAAUAUAAAAAAUCGAGAUACUUUGACAUGUUUGCGUAAUUCUUCGAUCUUUGAUUUAAUUGCAGCAUAUGGCAUCCGUCAAGCAAAGCCAGUAAUUGAUGGAUACUUUUUUCCAUUAUAUCCCCCAUUGGCAAUUGCUAGAAGGAAAUACAAUCAAAAUAUAAAUAUGAUAAUCGGCCGUAAUGAAUACGAAACAGCAACAUGUUCUUCUGAUCCUGAUAUGAAUUCUACUACUGCCAUAGGAGUUAUUACUCAGAGUGUCGGACAAAAAUGGACAGAUGCAUUUGUUAAUAGUUCUCGAAUGAAUACAUGUUCAUCGAAUCGAAACGCUUCAAAUCGAUGCUGUAAUAUGAUUCAACUGUUAUACACGGAUCUAGUUUAUGAUUGUAGUACUCGUCGUAUAUACAACAAUUUAUAUCGGACAUAUGAACAACAAAAUCUAUUUUGGUACCAAUUGGAUUGUAAUCCUGGAAUAUGUCCUCCUAAGACAACAGAGGAAGGUAAGGGCUUAUGCAUUCAUACAGCAGAGCUGCCAUAUGUAUUUGGAACUAUGAGUGAAAUGUAUUCAGCAAAUUUACAUAACUGUACAUGGGAUAAUGAAUCGAAAGUAUAUUCCAAUCGAAUCAUUUCACAUUGGAUUAAUAUGGCUACAGUAGGUGAACCAUUGAAAACAUGGCCAAAUUAUAGUCCAGAGUUGCCGAAAUAUUUUCGAAUUACACCUUAUCAUGACUUUUCACCAGCGCUAUCCACUCGAGACUGUUUUCUGAUCGAUCAGUUUGAACAGGAAAAUAUUCUGCUUAUGUUUGGGAAUUUGGAAAAUCUCAGUGGACAAAACUAUGCAAAUCGCAAUAUUUUCAUGCUCUUUAUUAUACUCUUAUUCCUACCUUGA